GCCGGCCACUUACUUGGACACCUCCCCCAGCUCCUCCCUCGAUUUUUAUAUACCACAUACUGACACCAACCAAGGAAAUCACUAGCUGCUCACGGUGACGGUGAGGAUGACCGGAGUUCAGGUGAUGCCGGGGGUGGGCGCGGUGACCACGGUCGACGUGAGGACGGAGGGCGGCAAGGCGGUGGCGGGGCUCGCGAGGAGGCGUGUGGCGGUGGGGAGCAGCUCAAGCACGAGCCUGUUUGCUGGUGACUGGAGGAGGAGGCCUCGCCGGGCGACCUGCUCCGUCAGGCUCAGGCAGUGUGGCCGGGGCAGGGGCGGCAGGAGCGGCGGCCUCGCCAUCGUCAGCAACCUCGGGGGCAGUUACGAUGUUGGCUUUGGCGACGUCGACCUGCAACUGAUGAACUACUUUACCUACAAAGCCGUGAGGACCGUGCUGACCCAGCUCUACGAGAUGAACCCACCCAGCUACCGCUGGCUCUACAACUUUGUUGCUGUAAACAAGCCCACCGAUGGCAAGCUGUUCCUCCGCGCUCUUGGAAAGGAGAGGCAGGAGCUUGCAGAGCGGGUUAUGAUAACCCGGCUUAGCUUGUACGGGAAAUGGAUCAAGAAAUGUGACCACGCAAAAAUGUACGAGAAGAUCUCCAACGAGAACCUGGAGCUGAUGCGGGAGAGGCUCAUGGAGACGGUCAUCUGGCCAACCGACGACACCAACACGGAGAAGAUCGGCUGAUAUGCAUGCGGUUUCAGUAAUUUCAGCCGCUGAACUUCAUUAAUUAAUUAGCUCAUCGGUUAAUUAGGUAGAGCGAGGACUAUGCAUGCACACACGAUUGAGUCAAACAUGUGUAUAUAUGUAUGUGAUCUAGCACAGAGUCUAUAUGGUUGGGUCUUUUGGUGGAGAUACUGCAAGCUGUUUGUGUUGGUGUCGGUGUGUAAUGUGCCGCCUGUGUUGAUAGGCACAUUGACUAGCUGGGUUAAAUGUAUGGAUUUAGUCAUCACCCAUCAGUGCAAGGGUGUGUUUGAGCCCGGAGUUAUAUACAAAUGCUCACGUGUUAUGUGCCUCUC